GGCUCAGCAGCCAGUCAUAUGCCUUGCUAAAAUAGCACAGCCGGCCAAUAUAGAGAGGAGGGUGUGUGUGUGGAAAAAGACAGGGUUAAGCAAUUAAUUUUUAAGCACUAAAUAUUUAUUGACAGAGUGUCUCUCCAGGCAGUGUUCACAUGCUUAGAGCUGAAGCUUUUAACUUGGCAGUGCUGUUUAAGCAAACAAAGUCAGUCAGUUGAACGCAAUGAUUAACAGGAAGUUGGGGAGCUGACAUAGUGGGCAACCUUUGGCCGGGAGAAGAAGCUACGGUAGAAAUCUUAGAGGGAUCACUUGCAGAAUGGUGACCUCACCCUUCGGUGAUUUUAAUGUGGGGACGGGGGGACACAUCAGAAUCAGAAUCUUCCCGAGGCGGCUGGUUUUCGUGUGGUAACAGGUGGCAGGUUCACCGGAGAGAGAGCAGAGCAGAUGUCCCCAGGAGCUACUUCAGAAAUGUGUCAUAGAGAGGUUGAAAUGAAACACAGCCGCGAAUGAGCCAGAAAGGAAGAAAGAAAAAGGACAAAACCGUCGCCUGGAAGGGCCCAGAGCAGUCGAUCAGAAUUGCGAGUCCCCAGAGGAUGAUUUAUGGAUUCCGGAGGCAAUGUAAGUUAAAUAUAUCUACACUCUGAUCUGAUCUCAAGAGGCGUUUACUCACUUUCUGGCUUUGAAUGAUGGUCUCUUCGAAGCAUUGUCUUUUUAGUGUGUCUCUUAUCAUGGCCCUGAUCUUUGUAUUUGUUUAUAAGAACGAGUUAAGGGAGGAUAAGCGUUUUCUGAGGGCUUCUCUGUCCAAUGCCUCGCUGUUAGCAGAAGUCUGUCAUCAGAUUUUUAAGGGGAAGGUUUUUUACCCAACAGAGAAUGCCCUGAAAACUACCCUCAGUGAAUCUACCUGCUAUGACUACAUGGCUCAAAGUCACUAUAUAACAGAAACGCUCUCUAAGGAAGAAGCGGGGUUCCCUUUGGCUUACACAGUGACCAUCCACAAAGACUUUGGCACUUUUGAGAGACUCUUUAGGGCGAUUUACAUGCCCCAAAACGUCUACUGUGUUCACGUGGAUGAAAAGGCGACGGACACAUUUAAAAAUGCGGUGAAGCAAUUACUAAACUGCUUCCCAAAUGCUUUUCUGGCUUCUAAAAUGGAGCCGGUGGUCUAUGGUGGGAUUUCCAGGCUCCAGGCCGACCUGAACUGCAUCAAAGAUCUUGCGGCCUCCGAGGUGCCAUGGAGGUAUGCCAUCAACAUGUGUGGGCAAGAUUUCCCCCUGAAAACCAACAAGGAGAUAGUUCAGUAUCUGAAAGGAUUUAAAGGGAAAAACAUUACCCCGGGGGUGCUGCCCCCCAGUCAUGCUAUCGGACGGACUAAAUACGUCCACCAAGAACUAUUACACCAAAAAAACUCCUACGUGAUUAAAACGACAAAAUUAAAACCUCCACCUCCCCACAACAUGACCAUUUACUUCGGCACUGCCUAUGUGGCCCUCACGAGGGAAUUCGCCAACUUUGUCCUCCAAGAUCAGCACGCACUCGACUUGCUUUCCUGGUCCAAGGACACCUAUAGCCCCGAUGAACAUUUCUGGGUGACGCUCAAUAGGAUUCCAGCAGUUCUGCUCCCAGAUGUAACUCAUGAUCCGACUCAUGUCCAUGGCACAGAUGAGGAAACUGAGACAUUGUGAUGAGCAGGGCAGAGCUAGAGCUCAACCGUCUGACUUGAUUUUGCUGCUAUGCCACGCUGCCUUUUUGGAUCCGUAGACUCACUUCAAAUGUGUGCGGCAGUCUCGAGACAGGGCAAAGGGUUGAGGGGAAAGCUGGCUGUGCCUAUAAAAGA